AACAAGGAAGAAGUUUAUCUUUCAUCGUCCCGGUCACAUUCAGCAGCCUUGGCACCAUGAAGGUCACUGUAACAGCUAUUGGCAAUUUCAAUGGUGUUUCAGAUUCUGUUGAAAAGGAGCUUGUUGUCAAGCCCCAGGGUGCCCCACAACACUACAACCUACCAGUUGUCCUAGAUCUCAACUCAGCACAUUCUGUGGUUGACUCAUUGGACAUCGCUCUUCCCCCAUCAGUUAUUCAAGAAUCUAUCGUCAUCAAGGCAAAGCUGUCAGGCGACAUAAUGGCACCGAGUAUCGACGGGUUGAGUAAACUGUUAACUUUUCCAACCGGAUGUGGUGAACAAACGAUGAUAGGGCUUUCCCCUGAUAUCUACAUAUUUAAGUACCUAAACAACACUGGUCAACUGACGUCAUCUAUUCAGCAGAAACUUUCAAGCUUCAUCAAACAGGGUUAUCAACACGAGUUGCUGUAUCAGCUGACAGAUGGUUCCUUUGCAACUUUUGCAACAAAUAGUAUAGGGAGCACUUGGCUAACCGCAUUUGUUGUUAAGUCGUUCAGUGAGGCUUCAGAUAUGGCUUACAUAAGUGAAGAUGUGAUUAUCGGAGCAGUCAACUGGUUAUUAGUACAACAAACUUCUGAUGGAUCAUUUCCAGAGAAACAUGCCCUCUACCAUAAGUACAUGCAGGGAGGGGUCAAAUCGGCAGUGGCCCUUGCUGCCUACGUGUCCAUAGCUUUGGGAUCCGUCAAGAAUCUGGAACAUAAAACGUCACGUUCGAUCAGUGAUGCCCAAAGAGAGGUUCUUCACUACCUGUCAGGUCAGCUUAACUCUCUUGAUGAGAACCACGCCCAUGCUUUGGCAAUAUCAGCAUAUGCUCUCACCCUUGCUCACAGCUCACUGGGAGAUGUCGCUAUGAACAAACUACAAGCUAUUUCCCAUUCAGAAGGAGAUGUCAAGUUUUGGACGGCAACCAAAACGACCAGUUUCCCGAAACGUCAACCCUGGAGUAGAGAAAAGCGGUUCUCCAAUCCCAUCGAUAUUGAGACAACAGCUUACGGUCUACUGGCACACGUUGUGCGAGGGGAACUCGGGGAGGGGCUCAAGGUCAUGAAAUGGAUUGUCCAUCAGAGGAACCCCAAUGGAGGUUUCACGUCAACACAGGACACUGUCAUAGCGCUAGAAGCUCUCUCUAGCUUCCAUACAUCACUUCAUAAAGCAACACAGCAGUCGACGCCACAUGUCACCAGCAUAGCGGCUACUGUUACGGCUGGUGGAGUAACUCAACAUAUCACCAUGGACGACACGAACAAAGACGUCCUUCAUCAACUGCUGCUUCCUGGAGACAGUAAGACGGUCAGAGUGAGUGCUACAGGGUCCGGACUAGGCAUAGUAGAGGUGGGGGUGUUCUACAAUGUCAAUGUGACUACUGAUGACGCGGCCUUCGACCUCACAGCUUCCAUAACCAAAGAAAGUGUUAAUACUAUCAAUGUGAGGAUUUGUACAAGAUGGCUGUUGUCUGGAUCAAGCGGCAUGGCGGUGAUACAAGCAGGCAUUCCCACAGGAUUUCAGCCUGAUCUCCAGACGAUCACCAGCUUACCUAGCCUUAAACGAAAGGAAUACAACAAUGGCAACGUUGAUCUUUACUUUGAAGAGAUCGGGUCAAGUCAAGUAUGUGUGGACAUGAAGGCAGGUCGGGUCGGAAUGACACUCAGAACACAGAAGUCGUUGGUUGUUGUCUUUGACUAUUACAAUCCAGCCAAUCAGAAAUCUGUUUUCUAUGUAUCCCCUGAGCUUGAAAAUGCCAAACUGUGUGACGUGUGCACAGACUGCGACGGCUGUGGCAAUCUGAUAAUUGGAUAACUGCAACGUAAGCCUGGAACAGGACAACCCAUCGACAUAUGACAACAUUCUUUGUUUCCUCAGUAAAUGUUUAUUUUGUUCUUAUUUCAAUAAACAGGUGCAGCGUU